GGCCCGCGCGACAGCGGCGGCAGCGGCGGCGGCGGCGGCCGCUGGGACUAGGCGAAGGCGGCGACGACGACGGAGGCGCGGGGCGCUUGGGCUGAUGGCAGCGGCCGGGCCCGGGGCGGCGCUGUCCCCGGGGCGGUGCGACAGCGACCCGGCCUCCCCCGGAGCGCAGUCCCCAAAGGAUGAUAAUGAAGAUAACUCAAAUGAUGGGACCCAUCCAUGUAAAAGGAGGCGAAUGGGCUCAGGAGACAGCUCAAGAAGUUGUGAGACUUCAAGUCAAGAUCUUAGCUUCAGUUACUACCCAGCAGAAAACUUAAUCGAAUACAAAUGGCCACCUGAUGAAACAGGAGAAUACUAUAUGCUUCAGGAGCAAGUCAGUGAAUAUCUGGGUGUGACCUCCUUCAAGCGGAAAUAUCCAGAUUUAGAGCGACGAGAUUUAUCUCACAAGGAGAAACUAUACCUGAGAGAAUUAAACGUCAUCACGGAAACACAGUGCACACUGGGUUUAACAGCAUUGCGCAGUGAUGAAGUGAUUGACUUAAUGAUAAAAGAAUAUCCAGCUAAACACGCUGAAUAUUCGGUUAUCCUACAAGAAAAGGAACGUCAGAGAAUUACAGAUCAUUAUAAAGAGUAUUCUCAAAUGCAACAACAGAGUACUCAGAAAGUCGAAGCCAGCAAAGUACCUGAGUACAUUAAGAAAGCAGCCAAGAAGGCAGCUGAGUUCAACAGCAACUUAAACCGGGAGCGCAUGGAAGAAAGAAGAGCCUAUUUUGACUUACAGACACAUGUUAUCCAAGUGCCUCAAGGAAAGUACAAAGUGUUGCCGACAGACCGAACGAAGGUCAGUUCCUACCCAGUGGCUCUCAUCCCGGGACAGUUCCAGGAGUAUUAUAAGAGGUACUCACCAGAUGAGCUUCGGUACUUGCCAUUAAACACAGCCCUGUAUGAGCCGCCCCUGGACCCAGAGCUCCCGGCACUAGAUAGUGAUGGAGACUCAGAUGAUGGCGAAGAUGGCGGAGGGGAUGAGAAGCGGAAGAAUAAAGGCACUUCGGACAGCUCCUCAGGCAAUGUGUCUGAAGGAGACAGCCCCCCUGACAGCCAGGAGGACACCUUCCACGGAAGACAGAAAUCAAAAGACAAAAUGGCCACUCCAAGAAAAGACGGCUCCAAACGUUCUGUACUGUCCAAAUCAGCUCCUGGGUACAAGGUAGAAGAAAAAAGCCCCUGACUCGGCCUCUUUCCUGGCCAGCCUCUCCCUCAUAUCGUUAACUCUGAGCCUGAGGAGCUGAGCUUGCUGUGCUCCGCCAUCCUGUCCUGUGCACCUGUCCACUGCUUUCUUUCUCUGGUGGCUUUCUUGUCACUUUUGGUCAUGGUAUAGCUUCUAUUUCCUGUAUAUAAACAAUUAAUGGGUCUUUGUCCCUUUAAGUAAUAACCAGACAAGUAGGAGGUUUUAAAACAUUCUUUCAAGGCAGAACUUUUUUUUUUUGAGUGCAGGGCAUACUUGUCUAGCAUUUUGAAUAUCUGAACAGUUGGUGAAGCUUAACUUGGCGAGAUGUGAAGUAGGGAUGGAUUUACCACCACAUGAGGUGGUAUUUUUGUAGUGCCUUUCAUUGAAAAUAUUCAGGCUUAUUCUAAGGAUUGUUGAAUCCAAUUGCCAAAUUUUGCCAGGUUUCGAAUAGAAAAUAGGAAUAGCUGUUAACUUACAUCAUUGUUUUUGUAUAACCUUUGGCAGAUAGCUGGUAUACCAUUCUGUAACAAGGACUAAAACCUAGUUUGUGGAUCUGAUUAUUCUUAGAGUAAGGGCGUAGAUUAUCAGAAACAAUUAGUAUUUUUCACAUUUGUUUUCUGUCUGCCUCUCCCCUUGAGAAGUAGGAUGAGAGGUGAGCAGCUGUCAUGGUGCAAGGGGAUGUAGGAGGAUCAUAGAAUGAAUGACAUAGUGCUCAGCUUUGUGACGUGGAUGGUCAAAGUACAGCAUGCACUCCAGGUCUUGGCUGUAUUAGAAUAUGCACCUGGUUCCUAUAUGGAGAUGUACUAAAGGAAGGUUGUAAGUAAGAGUCUCGCUGGGUGAGUUGUUAAACACCUGUGUGUUAGUUAGCAUUGCAACAAAGGCGCAUUGCAGGGAAAGAACAAACAAAGUGAGCUGUGAGUCACUGCCUGUCAGCCUCACUGGAACAUGCUUUUGUGGUGUAGCAACACAAUCGAUGGCUCACUCAGCAAGGACUCAUUCCGAGGACAGCUUCAGUAGGCUGCUGUGUGAUUUUGUAUUUUUUUAAAACGUGUAUACCUUAUAUAUGCUUUUUAAACUAAAGAUUUCAGUCACUGCUUAAUAACUGAAACCAAAAAAACUCCAAAGAUUAUAUUUCAGAGGCAGCCUGCAGGAGCCAACAUGUGUCACUGUCUUAGAGGUGCCAGUGGGAGUGACAGCUGUCGGGCUGAGGAGGCAUUUAAACAAGGAGCCUGUUUCAUCAUGCAUUAUAAAUAGAGAAUAUUGAAAGAGACAUAUAGUACAGGUUAGAACUGAAGAACUAUCCAUAUUAUCACUCAUCUAGUGAGUAAAUCAUAUAGAUUAAUCUUAGUUACUAGUACUCAAGGGAGCCUCAUAUGCAAAAUAAACAUUUUAUAAUCUGUAAACAUUUUUAGUAACUAAAAAUGUUUCAGGUAUUUCAAAGAUAGGAACAGCCAAUAUAUAGAUAGUAUAUAUUAAUGUGAACAAAAUUAUUGAAAGUUAACCUCUGUAUAGAAAGUAUUAAUGAGCCAAGAUGUGCCUAACUAUUUGGGUACUUCAAGCUGACACUCACACACUUUAGAAUAUGGGAAUUAAGCAUAAUGUAUGUGAUGUAAUAGGAUGACUGGUGCUUACCCUCAACUUGUAGGACGGUAUUGCUUGGGUUACAUUAACCUGAAAUUAAAGAGUAACUGUUAGGUUCAGGCCUACAUACAUAAUUAAUAUCUAUACUAUGUUAGUGCUACCACAAAAGUUUCAACUUAUUGUGCUAUUUUUUCAACAAGAAAAGUAAGUAUACACGAGCCUUUUAUUUGAGAUGCUGAGGGCUGUUGACUGAAGAAAACUAAAAGGCUGUGGCAGUGUGUGAAGGCGAUCAGAGGGUCCUAGUGAGGCACAGGGCAGUCCUCCCCCUCCCUCAGUGCUGGUCUUCACUUUGUCUGUGAGGCCCUGGAUGCAGGGUGUGGCCUCUUAGAGCUGGGAUGCUGCAGGAACAGUGUGCUUUUGUGUGUUGAACUGUAGCAUCUCUACAAAGGGCCACAGUGGCCUCUCUCCCACUUCUCCUGCUGCCCUCCCACCUAUCACCUUUCUUCUUUCUUCCCCAUCCCGCUUCCCUCUCCCAUCCUCCAGUAUUUUUCUUUUCAACAAGAUGGAGAUCAUUGGGUAAGAAAAACGUGAAGUGGUUAUCAGGGCAUUGUGUGAUUUUAAAGGUGAACCCCGAAGUUGCUAGUGUCUCCUUUUAUUAUAGGCAUUAUGUAUACUUUAGUGAUUAUAGAACUUGAAUUGCUCUAGAAUGUGAAUUAGUUUGUGUUUUAUUUCUUUUGAGUUGCUUUGUAAAGAGUCAAUGAGGAAUUCUCUUUUCAAAAUUUAAUAUUGUGUGGUUUCUUCCCUGACUUUAGUAAAAGAUAUUAGAGGACUUACUCUGCUAGUAUCUAACUUAAAGUGUAAGUUUAUCUUUUACAUAUAGUACAGGUUAUUGAAAUUUCUGCUGCAGAUCACAGCAGUUAAGGCUCAAUCUUAGAAGUGAAUUUCCUAGCGUUUUUUUUCCACUGAUGUCCAGGACACAGUUAGAGCAUGUGCUUAGGAUGCAGAUGCAGCAGGAAGAGCAGAGUGACUAACUGCUAUCUGGGAGAGCAGGGUAUAAACGAGAGGAGGUGGAGAGUAGUCAAUGGGACAUUCUAUAUGUUUGUUUAACUCCAUAUUUAUUAUUUUGUAGAGACCUUUGUGAUUGUUUAGUUAUUGUUUUUUUAUCAUAUUUAUGUAUAAGGUUGACUUUUUCAAAAAUAAAUAAGCCAAAAUUGUUUUUGAA